UCCAAAGUGCUUCACGUACGCGAUUGGGCCUGGCAAAAUGGAGGAAACAACGGCAAACAGAUCGCCAACCAAUAGUGCCCUACGGCAGCCCAAGAAAAAGUUCGUGGGAAGACGCGCAGCAGAUGCUCAGGCACAGAAAGAACAGUCGUCGAAUCAAGAUGUCGAGUCGACAAGCAUUCAGAGGGCUGCUCCCAGGAGAACCCCUCGAACCCUAAAUCAAGUCCCUCCAGAAAUUCUAGAAGACCCUGAAAUCCAAGCCGCGAUCAACCUCCUGCCCAAAAACUACUCAUUCGAAAUCCCCAAGACGAUCCACCGCAUACGUUCCUCUGGCGCAAAGAGAGUAGCCUUGCAAUUCCCCGAGGGCCUGUUAAUCUUUGCCACCACCAUCUCCGACAUUAUCACCCAGUUCUGCCCCGGCACCGAGACCCUCAUCAUGGGAGAUGUCACAUACGGCGCCUGCUGUAUCGACGACUAUACCGCCCGCGCACUGGGCUGCGAUCUCCUAGUCCACUACGCGCACAGCUGCCUAAUACCAGUAGACGUGACCAAGAUCAAGACCCUCUACAUCUUCGUCGACAUAAGCAUCGACACCUCGCACCUGAUCGCUACCCUCGAACGCAACUUCCAAACCGGCAAGACAAUCGCAACCGUCGGAACUAUCCAGUUCAACGCCACCCUUCACGGCCUAAAGCCCGUCCUCGAGCGCGCAGGGUUCAAAGUCGUCAUCCCACAAAUCACACCUCUCUCCAAAGGCGAAAUCCUAGGCUGCACAUCCCCCCAGCUUUCCGACGAUAUCGACAUUCUCCUCUAUCUCGGCGAUGGCCGCUUCCACCUCGAAUCCGCCAUGAUCCACAACCCCUCCAUCCCCGCCUACCGCUACGAUCCCUACUCCCGCAUUCUCUCCCGCGAACAUUACGUCCACGACGAAAUGCACACCCUCCGCCGCGACGCGAUCAACACCGCCAAGUCUGCUAAAAAGUGGGGUCUCAUCCUCGGAUCCCUCGGUCGACAGGGUAACCCAAAUACGAUGGCUAUGAUCGAGAACCACCUUAACGAGCGCGGGAUUCCAUUCGUCAAUCUGCUACUGAGCGAGAUCUUCCCGGGCAAGUUAGCGUCCAUGUCGGAUGUUGAGUGCUGGGUGCAGAUCGCUUGUCCUCGAUUGAGUAUUGACUGGGGUUAUGCAUUCCCGCGCCCGCUGUUAACGCCGUAUGAGGCGUUGAUUGCUUUGGGGGUGAGGGAGAGCUGGGACACUGCCAACAAGGGCGUGUACCCCAUGGACUUCUAUGCUAAAGAAGGGUUGGGGAGGACGAAACCUAGUCAGGCGAUACCAGGCACUGCUUAAGUAACGAAAAGAAAAGAUCAGAAAACAACAAGCUUGGAAAACAAAAAUCUUGUAACGAUGUCAGAUGGCACACUUUGCAUCAUGCAUUUACAUGGGAUGGGAUGCUUAUACGAGAAACGGACAUAUUGAUAUUAUCAUCAUGUAUAGA